GGAGAAACUAGACUUGAUGAGGAAAAUGCUCAAAAAAUUUCAUCGAAAAAUUCCACCGGGUACCGCCCCAAACAGUGAAGUUUGGACGGCUGCUCCCGUCCCUCCGGCUGGACCUGAGCAUUUCUGUGUGUGUGUGUGUAUAUAUAUAUAUAUAUAUAUUUGUGUGUGUGUGUAAAUUUAUAGACAAAGGAGUCCACACUCACACCGCAUGUCCGCAUGAGAAUGUGUUCCCAAACUCGCAAGGAACAUUGAGGUUUAUCAAUGUAGGUUUAGAGGAUUUGGGGUUCUUGAGAGGGAAAUAUGUGUACUUUGGGUUGAACAUUUUCCUUAUUUUUAGCUUUCCUUUUGUUGUCGUUUUAAUUUUCUUUUCAUAUUGUACUUUGUUUUUGCUUUUCCUUAAUAAAAAUGUUUCCUUUCUUUCAAUAUGUGUGUGUGUAUACACAUAUAAGGGCAUUUUUUGUAUACAUUGAGGUUCAAAUUAUUGUAUUUUUUUAUUGAAAAAUGUUGUAUAUUAUUGUGCAAUGAAAUAACAGUUGCAUAUUAGCGUUCAUAGAGUUGCAUCCGAAAAAAGUUUGAUUUAUUACUAAAAUGUCACCGUGCGAUUCGAGACUUUAGAUUAAUUCAAUGGAUGACCAAGAUGAGUUUAAACUUUGUAAAUUAGGUGUUUGUCUUUGAUCCUUAUCUACACACACACAUAUAUCUAUAUGUGUAAUACACACACACAUGCAUGCAGGUUUGUAUAUAUACUGAAAGUUUGUAAUGAGAACUCAUCUUAAAAUGAGAACUUGUUUUUACCCUAAGGGGUUUAGGGGGAUAGGGGACCUGAGGUUAAGUGAGCUGAAACUGCUUCCUUAAUGGUUGCUAAAAUAGGGUCAAGCUUGCAAUUGUUUUGUAAAAAGAACAAUAAAUCAUACUCUCUCUGUCCCAAAAUAAAGUUCCCGGUUUGACCUACACACAUAUUUAUGUAAGGUAGAACUUUGUUUUGACUUUCCAAGUAUGCCUUUACUUUAUAAUCAAAUUAAGCAAAAAGUGAGUAAAAAGUAAGGGUAGUUGUGGCUUUUGGGUUAAAAGUGGGUUUCUUUUAUCAAAAUGAGAACUUCUUUUUAGGACAUCCAUAUAAGGAAGCGAAAACUUCUUUUCGGGACGGGGGUAGUAUUAUUUAGAGAAUAUUGCCCGAAAUAGGACUAAAAAGGUUUGAAAAUUCCAAAAUAUGACUGUCAUGUUUUUAUUCCCAAAAUAAGACUAAUUACUGCCAUGUUUUGGCAGUACCAAACUUCAAACAUGACAGUAUUUUCCAAACUUUGCAGUAAUUACUCAUAUUUUGGAAAUAAAAAACAUGGGAGUCCUAUUUUGGAAUUUUCAAACUUUUUUAGUCCUAUUUUGGAAACUUUUCCUUUAUCGCAUGUGUAUUUUUAACCAUAAAGAUUUCUUAUAGAAUACGAUUAUUGUUUCCUUAUUAUAAUAUCGAUAAUUAAAUAUUGUGACUACGAGCGGCAACAUUAAGUCAUCUACAAACAUUAAAUUAUACUCUCUCAUGUGUUGGUUGGAAUUACUAGCGGCAACAGGAAUGAUAAUUAUUAUGGGUGGUUGAGCAAUUAUAUUGUUGACUCAUCAUUUAAGAUGAUGAUAAUCCCUCGUUGAUGUAGAUAUGUCGUUGUAGAUGACUGGUCAAUCAAAACUUAUACAAUUAUUUGUUUUUAACGAAAUCCAUAUAACCCAUUUAUAUAUUUACAAUGUCAAUUAUUUUUGUCUUGUGAGUGUAACGCUUGGACAUUAUUGUUGAUGUGUACGGUAGUAUUGAAGAAAUAUAAAAAGUGAAAUUGUGAAAGGAGACUGAAGAAGUUUUUCCUCAAAUAUUACUACGUACUAAAAUAAAAUAUAUGAAUGAAGAUGUGGUUAAAAUGGUUAUGCAUGUACGAUCAUUUUCACUGUAUGUAAAACUCAAUAUAAUCAUGGUGAGUAAAGAAUAAAAGCUCAUAUUUUAUCUACCGCUUCAAUGAUAACCAUAAUUAAAUUAUAACCUUCUCAUUGAUUCAUGUUCACACAAAAAUGAGAACAUACAAUCACACGUGGCAAGCAACACCCACAACGAUUUAGAAACCGUACACCUCAACGCAUGUGAUGUGAACAUGUACGUACAUUUGCAAAAAGACCGUCCUCUUUUUCUUCCGUCUUUUUCAAAGGGCCUCAAAUUUUGCCUACUAGUAUCAUGUAUAACUACAUACAUAUGCCACCAACCGCCUCAUGAUCCUCCUCCACAUCUACAACUCAUUAAACUAUAUAUAUGUACCCCCCUAACCGAAACGAUCGACCAUCCAUUUUGAGAUUAAAACACUUUCCUCUCAACUAAUUACGCCUUUCCUGGCUGAAUAAAAUUACCCCCACCCCCUUUAUUUUUUAUUUGUUCUUGUGCCCUGUCUAAGGAUUUUCUUGAACAUGGCCGGAAAUGAGUGGAUUAACGGGUACCUAGAGGCGAUACUUGAUAGCGGCGCAUCAGCGAUUGAGGUGGAAAACAGGCCGUCUCUGGUUAACCUGAGGGAAAGGGCGAUUUUCGAUCCGACCAAGUACUUCGUGGAGGAGGUUGUGACAGGGGUGGAUGAGACCGACCUUUACCGCACAUGGAUCAAAGUAGUGGCUACCAGGAACACAUUAGAGCGCAGUGCUCGUCUCGAGAACAUGUGUUGGCGAAUCUGGCACCUCACUCGUAAGAAGAAGCGGUUGGAAUUGGAAGACAUCCAAAGGUUAGCAAAUAGGAGAUGGGAACGGGAACAAGGGCAUAAAGAUGUAAAAGAGGAUGACAUGUCUGAAAACUUGUCAGAAGGAGAUGUAUGUGGCGGGGAGACAAUUACACUUGAUAGUCCUAGAAAGAAGAUCCAACGAAACUUGUCCACUUUGGAAGCAUUAUCUGACUCUAAUAAGGAAAAGAAGUUGUAUAUUGUUCUUGUAAGUUUGCAUGGUUUAGUUCGUGGUGAAAAUAUGGAGCUUGGUCGUGAUUCUGAUACUGGUGGUCAGAUCAAAUACGUAGUGGAACUUGCUAAGGCACUUGCUAAAAUGCCUGAAGUAUACAGGGUGGAUUUGCUAACCCGUCAAGUUUCCUCGCCGGAAGUUGAUUCGAGCUAUGGUGAGCCUGCAGAAAUGUUGAAUAUUGGUUGUCCAUCAGAAGAAGGUGGUGAUAGUGAUGGUGGCGGCGAAAUUGGAGAAAGUGGUGGGGCAUAUAUUAUAAGAAUACCUUUCGGUCCUCGUGACAAAUACCUUAGGAAAGAGGUGUUGUGGCCUCACAUUCAGGAGUUUGUGGAUGGAGCUCUAACACACAUCUUGAAUAUGUCCAAGACAUUGGGUGAACAAAUUGGUCAUGAUGACGAGAAACAACAACCUAUUUGGCCGUACGUGAUUCAUGGUCAUUAUGCUGAUGCUGGGGACAGUGUUGCUCUUCUUUCCGGUGCUUUAAAUGUUCCCAUGGUUCUGACUGGACAUUCACUCGGAAGAAACAAGCUUGAGCAACUUUUGAAACAUGGAAGGCAGUCCAAAGAGGAUAUUAAUUCCACUUAUCGAAUAAUGCGGAGGAUUGAGGCAGAAGAGCUUUCUCUUGAUGCGGCUGAACUUGUUAUCACAAGCACUAGGCAGGAAAUUGAUGAACAAUGGGGACUAUAUGAUGGGUUUGAUGUCAAAAUCGAGAAAAUUUUGAGGGCUCGUGCAAGACGUGGAGUCAAUUGUCAUGGUCGUUAUAUGCCUAGGAUGGAGGUUAUUCCUCCCGGAAUGGACUUCGGCAACGUGGUUGUUCAAGAAGAGGCAACUGAAAUGGAUGUUGAACUUUCUUCACUUACUACCUCUGAUGGGUCAUCUCCUAAAGCAAUGCCUACUAUAUUUUCAGAGGUGAUGCGUUUUCUUGUAAAUCCACACAAGCCAAUGAUUCUUGCAUUGUCAAGGCCAGAUCCAAAAAAGAAUCUUACCACCUUGGUGAAAGCAUUUGGAGAAUGUCGUCCCUUACGAGAACUCGCUAAUCUUACUCUUAUAAUGGGAAAUAGGGAUGAUAUAGAUGAAAUGUCAGCUGGCAGUGCUAGUGUGCUCACAACAGUUCUUAAGCUAAUUGACAAGUAUGACCUCUAUGGACAAGUAGCCUUCCCAAAACAUCACAAGCAAAGUGAAGUCCCUGAUAUUUAUCGCCUUGCAGCCAAAACAAAGGGGGUGUUCAUAAACCCAGCUUUCAUUGAGCCUUUCGGACUUACACUAAUUGAGGCUGCAGCACAUGGACUCCCUCUGGUGGCAACUAAAAAUGGCGGCCCAGUUGAUAUUAUCCGGGUACUACAUAAUGGUGUGCUCGUUGACCCUCAUGAUCAUCAAGCAAUUGCCGAUGCCCUUCUAAAGCUAGUAUCAGAAAAGAACUUGUGGAUGGAGUAUCGCAAAAGAGGUUGGAAGAACAUACACCUCUUUUCAUGGCCGGAACAUUGUCGCACAUACUUGGCAAGGAUAGCCGCGUGUCGCAUGAGACACCCACAAUGGAAGACAAACACUCCGAUAGAGGAGUUGGCUGCAAAAGAAUCAUUGAAUGACUCACUCAAAGAUGUAAAGGACAUGUCCUUGAGAUUAUCAGCUGACGGUGAAAAAACUUUUUCACUUAAUGAAUAUCUUGAUACAAAAACUGAAGUCGUUGAUAGCCAAGAUCUACAAGACCAGGUUGAGCGAGUUCUUGGCAAAAUAAAGAAACCAAAUGUUGGAAUCACUCAUCAGAAUCACUAUGAAGUUGAAAGGAAAGACAAUAUGCUCAACAAAUAUCCGAUGUUGAGACAACUACAUAAAUUGAUUGUUUUAGCUCUGGACUGUUAUGACUCUAAGGGAAAUCCGGAAAUGAAAAUGAUUAGCAUCAUUCAAGAAGUCUUCAAAGCUAUUAAUAUUGAUUCGGAGAUUGCAAGAUUAUCGGGGUUUGCUAUAUCAACUGCCAUGCCGGUGUCAGAGUUGAUAGAAUUUCUGAAAUCAGGGAAUCUUAAAGUCACUCAUUUUGAUGUCUUAAUUUGUAGUAGUGGCAGUGAAGUUUAUUAUCCCAACACCAAUAACGAAAUUGAUGGAAAGCCCAUUCUGGAUCCUGAUUAUGCCACACAUAUUGAAUAUCGAUGGGGUGGUGAUGGUCUAAGGAAAACUCUUUGGAAACUAAUGAAUACAGAAGUUGAAAAUUCUGAAUCACUUACUUAUAUUGAAGAGAGUGUAAAUUCAAGAAGCAAUAUUCAUUGUUUGUCCUACUUGAUAAAGGACCUGAGUAAGGCAAAGAGAGUAGAUGACAUGAGACAGAAGCUGAGAAUGAGGGGCCUACGUUGCCAUCUGAUGUACUGCCGGAAUUCAACAAGGAUGCAAGUCAUUCCUCUUCUUGCUUCUCGGGCUCAAGCACUUAGGUACCUCUUUGUACGUUGGAGACUAAAUGUGGCCAAUAUGUACGUGAUUCUUGGGGAGACUGGAGACACAGACUAUGAGGAAUUGAUAGCCGGGACUCACAAAACCUUGAUAUUGAAGGGGGUCGUGGAGAAAGGAUCAGAGGAGUUAGUAAGAACAUUAGGAAGUUGCAUGCACAGAGAGGACAUAGUUCCGCAAGAAAGUUCCUUAGUUUCCCAUAUAAGGGGGGAUGCAAAGGCGGAAGAGAUUGCUAAUGCACUAAGACAACUUACUAGAUCUGCAACAGCUAUGUAAAGUCUUAGUCAUGCUUAAUUGAGAAAAUUGUGCAUCUAGUCUUGUAAUGUCUGUCACCCAUUAUUAGUUUUAUAGCUUUAUUAAUUCCCGAAGCAUAUCAUGACAUGUAACUAUUAUCGUUGCGCAUGCCAAAGAUAUUUAGAUAGUUAUCUUUUCUAUAUCAGCGUGACUUUU